AUGCCAAAAAGAAAUAAUGGAGAUAACAGCAGUCAAUCGGGUUCAUUUAAUAAUGUCGAUAAAGAUUACUGUGGAUCACAAUCAGCCGAGGAAGGGAGUUCAGGAACAUUUGGUGCGUAUAGAUCUUAUUCUUCGCAUAAGAUAACUGCUCCUUCUCCAUUAUUGGGUCUGCCGGAAGCAGCUCACUUGGGUUGGGGUCACUGGUUUACACUUAGAGAUCUGGAACUUUCUACGAACAGAUUUUCUAAGGAGAAUGUUAUUGGGGAAGGUGGAUAUGGCGUUGUUUAUCAAGGACAGUUAACUAAUGGUACUCCAGUGGCUGUAAAAAAACUCCUCAACAACCUGGGUCAAGCAGAGAAAGAAUUUCGAGUGGAGGUUGAAGCUAUUGGCCAUGUGCGCCACAAAAAUUUGGUUCGGCUUCUUGGGUAUUGUAUUGAAGGAACUCAUAGGAUGCUUGUGUAUGAAUUUGUCAACAAUGGCAACUUAGAACAGUGGCUUCAUGGGGCUAUGCGCCAGCAUGGAAGCCUUACUUGGGAGGCCAGGAUGAAGGUUCUCCUUGGCACAGCUAAGGCUCUUGCCUACUUGCAUGAAGCCAUUGAACCGAAAGUGGUUCACCGAGACAUAAAGUCAAGCAAUAUAUUGAUUGAUGAUGACUUCAAUGCCAAGGUUUCUGAUUUUGGUCUGGCUAAACUACUUGGUGCUGGGACAAGUCAUAUCACAACUCGAGUCAUGGGUACCUUUGGAUAUGUGGCUCCUGAAUAUGCAAAUUCUGGCCUUUUGAAUGAAAAGAGUGAUGUCUAUAGCUUUGGAGUUUUGCUGUUAGAAGCAAUUACUGGAAGAGAUCCGGUUGACUAUGGCCGUCCUGCUCAAGAGGUAAAUCUGGUUGAUUGGCUGAAAAUGAUGGUUGGAAGCAGGCGUUCUGAGGAAGUGAUAGAUCCAUACAUGGAUGCAAGGCCAUCAACGAGAGCCCUCAAAAGAGCCCUUUUGACUGUUUUGAGAUGUGUUGAUCCAGAUUCCAACAAGAGGCCUAGGAUGAGCCAAGUUGUCCAAAUGCUUGAAUCAGAAGAAUAUCCGAUACCAAGAGAGGAUCGAAGGCACAGAAGAACUCGAACCGGUAGUGCAGAGAUGGAUUCGCAGCAGAACUACGACAUUGAUAAAAGCGACAACCAAGAUCCAAGGUCAGAUACAAAAGACAUCUUUUCUUGA